GGAUGACUGGAGUGCCAACUGCUUUCAUGUCCUGUUAGCGCGAGAGGAGGCGGGUUGUAGUCGGUUCACCUUUCGCUUCAGUGAAGGGAAUUGUUGGUGUGGCGGUUGAAAGUCGAUUCGAUUGAGUUUUGGUAACUCGGAGGUUAAGAUCGAUGGUCAACGCUGUAAGCUGUACACGUGUAAGCAAGAGAUGGAAAAGGGUGUCGAGUUGGAGAUUCUCCAUCUGAGAAGAUGGAAGCCAAAGAUUUCCAAGGAUAAGAACUUCUUAAUCUCGAUCCUACGACGCAAGAAUCGUGUGGGAGCUCUGAAGAAUUGCAAUCUGGAUGUUCUAAUUAGGUUGACGGGGGCUGCGCAGGAUUUUCAAAAAGCAGCCACGACAGCUUACCUGAGGCGCAUCAUUGGCAGGACGAUCAAGUCGUGCUUUGGAUGGAGUCUGAACUCGAAGGUGACAGUGAAGUUGAAGUUUGACGAUAGGAUCCGUAUUGCGGAAGUUAGGAAGUUUUUGAAUGAUAAACUGGAGGAGUCAGUUAUUCCAGCAUGUUUGAAGAACCAUGCGCGAAGAGGUUGGGCAAACUGGAGGGGACCAAGGCCGAUGGUUAGUAGAGGUGAUGCGGAAGCUUGUCUCACUGGCGAGCCGGAUGCAAAGACAAGAUUCCUUGAUUUGAGGGAGGUGCAUCGGCUCAAAGCGAGACUGGACGGGCUCGUUCUGACACCGCUGGACAGAAACCCGGGGGAUACCCUGGUGCUAUGUCCAAAGGUGUACUACGAAGCCAUGCUUGAGCUAUUCGUAGCAAGCACAGGAUAUGUCGUUACUGGGAUUCAGGAAGCGAAGGUGAUGGAAGAAAUGAGAUCGGAUGUCGAGAAGGCAGGAUUGACGAAUCUGGUGCAAUGGGAUAAGAAGGGUAAGAUUGGUGAGGCAUACGUUAUGCCAAAACAUAAGGAUCUCACGAGAUUUCGGCCUAUAUGUCCAACCUACUCAGAGCCUACGAUCAAAGGAUGUAGGUUGGUCGUGAAGGCACUCAACCACAUGUUGUACACUCUGCCGCGGGACUGGCAUUUUAAUCUUAAAUCUGUAUCUUCAUUGGUUCUGACUCUUGACCGUAUUAAUAAGAUGGUUGGGAGAAGGAUGGGGAUUAGCUCGGUGUUGUCCGCGAUGUCAUAUGACAUCAAGGACAUGUUUAGUAAGUUACCGCACGAUGAGAUUGAGGAAGCCGUGGAUUGGCUCGUUGAUUACCAUCUGGGUAAAGGCCGAAGACAGGUCCGAGUUAGCGCAUGGGGUAAGGGUUGUACUUUUGGUCGAACCGCGGGGGAUUAUCAUUGGCGUUCUGUUGAUCUGCAACAGAUCAAAUGUUUUGUGCGUAUGGAACUGAGGCACGCGUACACUCAGGCUACUGGGGUACUUCUGAGGCAAGUAAUUGAGAUUCCUAUGGGGAAGAGUACUAGCCCCCCAUUAGCGUGUAUCUUGUGUGCUUUCGCAGAAUUCAAGUUCCUGCGGAAUUUGGGGAGGGCAAGCAGGGACGUGUUUGGGGUCCGCCUGAUGGACGAUGUGAGCCUUGUUGUCCUGGAACGAAGGCACAGCUCCAUGACAGCCGAAGAGAUCCAAUCUCAGUUUGAAUCAUGUUAUCCAAAGAACCUUCUACUGAAGAGGACCAACGAUGGGUCCGGUUCCCGGGAUUUUUGGGGUACUCAGAUGAGUGUCAACCAGAUUCAGCCAUUUGUUACCUCUUACCAGACAGCUAAGAAUGAGAGGACGAUUUGGGGAGUGGGGACUCAGCUGGAGCUCAAGAAUGGGCAGUCAUACCGUUCUUGGGGCAGCAAACAGCAAAAGAGUGCCUGUGAUUGCUAGCCAUCUGCACAGGAUCGAUCGGAAUAGAAAUGUACAAUCACAGAUCCCAAUGCAAGUGUUGAGUUUGACUCGCGAGCUGAGAAUGAAGGAUUUUCCAGCUC